GAUGAUUGGUGACGACGGCCAGCCUUGCUUGCGUUUAUUUUGGCUGGGCUUCACAUUUGUCUACUAGCUGUCGCCGCCAUUAAACUAGACGGGGCCAGUUGCAAACCAUGGAGAGCAGCGAGUGUAUACCGUGAGCCGCGGACUUUCGGACGGCCUCGUCUUUGUUCUGCGAGGCGCCGCCGUGUUCGUAAAGGUGAACAUGUGAGAGGCAAGAAGGGGUCGACGUAUUUCGGACGGGGAAAGGUUUGCUUGAGCAGGAGGAGGGGGGAGAGCUGGAUGAGGAGGAGGAGGAGGUGGCGGAGGGGGGUAAAGCAGGACGGUGAAGGAUUUGUUGUGGUUUUCGGGAGGCCGACGGAGUCAUAAAACGCUGGAUUUCAGCCACCAGAAAAGAAGCAACCAUGACGGAACAAAGGGCGAAGUGGGGCUGCGACUACUGCACCUAUGAGAACUGGCCGUCUGCGGUCAAGUGUACCAUGUGCCGCGCGCCGAGGUUGACGGGGCCCAUUAUCACAGAGGAGCCUUACAGAAUCCCCCCCGCGCUGGAUCCGGGUCCAGAAUGGGAUCCGCCCAGGACCGAGGGCGGGAGCGGCCUCCUCAUCUGCCCGGACUCCAGCGCCAGACCCAGGGUGAGGACUUGCGGCGUGGCCGAGCUUGCCAACAAGUGGUCCUGUCAGGUGUGCACGUACCUGAACUGGCCGCGCGCCGUUCGCUGCACACAGUGCCUGUGUCAGCGUCCCAGGACCAGCAGCCCCACGGAGUCCCCGCAGACCUCCGGCACCAACGCGGGCUGCCGCCCCGCCGUCCAUUCCCCCGUGGACACGUGCGAGGAGUACAACGACAGGAACAGACUCAACACACACCAGCAACAGUGGACGUGUACAGCAUGCACUUAUCAGAACUUGCCCAGAACUACAAAGUGCGUGAUGUGUGACCUCCCCAAGCCUAACCACCAGGAAGCAGUAGGCCUCCCAGAGCCCACGGAGUCCUCGCCCCUGAUCAUCGAGCAGGACACGGCGAGGUGGAGGGGCAGCUGCAGCGGCAGCCAGGGCCAAAGGAGAUCCCCUCCUGUGGCCAGGAGGGAGGACUUCCAGAGGAUAGAGCUGGCAGCUGGAGCCAUGAGCAUGGAGGAGCACGAGGUCAACUUCAAGAAGCUGAAGCAGAUUAGGAACCGGAUGAGGAAGACUGACUGGCUCUUUCUUAGUGCGUGUGCUGGUGUGGUAGAAGGAGACCUGGCUGCAGUGGAAGCCUACAAGUCCUCAGGCGGUGACAUCGCCCGGCAGCUCACCGCUGACGAGGUCCAGCUGCUAAACCGGUCCUCUGCGUUUGACGUGGGCUUCACCCUGGUCCAUCUGGCCAUUCGCUUCCAGAGGCAGGACAUGCUGGCCAUCUUGUUGACAGAGGUGAAUCAGCAGGCGGCGAAGUGCAUUCCCUCCAUGGUGUGUCCCGAGCUGACGGAGCAGAUCCGGAGGGAGAUUGCAGCGUCCCUUCAUCAACGCAAAGGGGACUUUGCCUGUUACUUCCUCACCGACUUGGUCACCUUCACUCUGCCUGCAGAUAUCGAGGACUUGCCCCCUGCUGUUCAAGAGAAGCUGUUCGACGACGUGCUGGACCGAGAUGUACAGAAAGAACUUGAAGAGGAGUCUCCGGUUAUUAAUUGGUCUCUGGAGCUGGGAACGCGUCUGGACAGUCGUCUCUACGCCUUGUGGAACCGCACGGCUGGAGACUGUCUGCUGGACUCGGUUCUGCAGGCCACCUGGGGGAUCUACGACAAAGACUCUGUCCUCCGCAAAACCCUCCAUGACAGCCUCCACGACUGCUCCCACUGGUUUUACAGUCGUUGGAAGGAGUGGGAGUCCUGGUACUCGCAGAGCUUUGGUUUACAUUUCUCCCUUAGAGAAGAGCAGUGGCAAGAGGACUGGGCAUUCAUCCUGUCCUUGGCCAGCCAGCCCGGGGCCAGCCUGGAGCAGACCCACAUUUUUGUUCUCGCGCACAUCCUUCGAAGACCCAUCAUAGUCUACGGAGUAAAAUACUACAAAAGUUUCCGUGGGGAAACGUUGGGAUACACUCGUUUUCAAGGUGUGUACCUUCCACUGUUAUGGGAGCAGAGCUUCUGCUGGAAGAGCCCCAUCGCCCUGGGCUACACGCGGGGACACUUCUCCGCCCUGGUGGCCAUGGAGAAUGAUGGUUAUGACAAUCGUGGUGCCGGCGCCAACCUCAAUACUGACGACGAUGUCACAGUCACCUUUUUGCCGCUAGUGGACAGCGAGAGGAAGCUGCUGCACAUUCACUUCCUGUCUGCUCAGGAGAUGGGGAACGAGGAGCAGCAGGAGAAGCUGCUAAGGGAGUGGCUGGACUGCUGCGUGACAGACGGAGGCCUCUUGGUCGCCAUGCAGAAGAGCUCCCGCCGCCGCAGCCACCCCUUGGUCACCCAGAUGGUGGAGAAGUGGCUGGACAGAUACCGGCAGAUCCGCCCCUGCGCCUCGCUUUCUGACGGCGAGGAGGACGAUGAAGAUGAGUGAGAAGACAGAGUGAGCUUCUGCUUCUAUGAAAUGGACAUUGUAGACUCUGGGUGAGAGCACUUGGCUCUCUAAUUUUCAUUUGAUUUUUGUUUUUGUUUUUCCCCUCCCCAUAAAAAAAAAAAAAAUGUAUACCCCUUCCCUGUAAUACUGCAUGAUUUCUGUGAGCUCUGUUGUUGAGAACAUACCAGAACCAUCAAUCCUGAAGACUUCUCCCAUUAAAAACACAUACGUCCUUCUUAGUUCUCCUUCCAAGGCAACAUUUCCCCCCCACCCCAUAUUCCUUACCUACUGAUUACAAAGAGCUAGAAAAAUACCAGAAUGUCUGAAAAUAUACUGUGUUCAAGUAUUCCCCAAACUACAAUAGAUUAGGAUUUUCAUCCACACACUUGCCAGGAUGACAUUUUAAGAUCAAGAGGAUUGCAAUUCCACGUGUUAUGUCAAUGGUUGAAGAACAUGUUUCUCUGAUCGCUUAUCUCGCUGCUAACCCCUUUUGAUGCAGGAUUUAUUUAUUUCAAACACCCUGCUUUUAGUUCUGCUCCUUCUGGUCCCCACUUCUCUCCCCCCCCCCCCCCCCCCUUCCCAGUUUUGUUUGAUUCACGUUGUCUUGAAGUAUUUUAUUUUGCACAGAUGAAACCUACAUUUUGUCAGGGGAAAGAGGGGGGGGGGGGUAACGUUCAAGUUUGCUGUCAGUUUUAUGUGCGACUCAUAGCUUACGUGUUUGUGUUUUGAAGAGUGAGUGGUGAUGACGCCGGUGGGGAAAAGAGAUAACCAAACACUCUGCCUCUUCUGUGGAGAGCAUUAGUAUUAAACUUGACUCACUUGCAUCCACUUAA